CUGGCUGUGUAGGCCAUCUGGCUUGCUGGGAAGUGUAGGCAGAGAACUGUGCAGCCUGGAAAAACCCCUAUCUGCAGGGAGAGAGACGGAAUUCUCUGCCGAAGGGCUGUGUUUUCUUCAGAUUUUGCAAAGAGAAAUAAGUGGAGGGCAGAUGAGCCAGAAGGGAGGUAGAGGAAGAAAGAGAGGGGGACAGUUCCUCAGUCAAAGGGGAACAUUUCUCUUUUGUAACAUCCUGUCAGAGGAAAUUCUGGGCCACUCUGCUCUGAUAUCCGGGUUGCGUCAUUUGUAUCUACCAAAUGCAUUAAAAAAGGAGCCCCCUCUAAAACAGCAGAUCUUGCUCCUUGCUCAAAAGCUGCAGAACCUGAAACGUGCUAUAACUUUUUGAUUUGAAAUAUAAGCUUCCCUCUUCACCAGCUAUGACAGAGGAAAUAACAUAUGCGGAUCUGGAAUUUAAUAAAUCGUAUGCACUGGAAAAUGUCGCAAAGCCUGAUGCUCCUGAGGAAAAAGGGCACCCCACUUCAUCCCCCACAUGGCGUCUGGCUGCCCUGACUUUCCUCACAUUGUGCUUGGCAUUGCUGGUAGGGCUAUUAGCCCUGGGGAUUGUGUUUUUUCAGGUUUCCAGUGACUUCCAGAAACAGAUUGGAAACCUCAAGCAAAACCAGGAAACUCUUCAAACACGUUUCUCAAAAAGGCUGCAAGACAUGAAAGACAACUUGUGUCUGAAAGGGGAAAAAAAUAAUAAGAAUAAUGGACCAAAUUGUACACUCUGCCCUGCAAACUGGCAAUGGAUGGGAGGUGACACCUGCUUCUACAUUUCAAGAGAGAAAAGGUCCUGGAAGCAGAGUCGAGAGUUCUGUUCCUUAAAGAAUUCCACCCUUCUCAUGCUACAAGACAAGGAGAAGCUGAACCAUGUACCUCUGAGAGAGACUAGAGUCUAUUACUGGUUUGGAUUAUCAUGUAAAUCUGAAGGGAACGGCUGGCAUUGGGAGGACGGCUCAGUUUUUUCAGCACAGAGAACUGAAUGGGACCACAGAUGUGGAUACAAUCAAUGUGCAUACCUAUAUGACAGGACCAUACAUAAAGACGACUGCUCACAGAUGCACUUAUGGAUCUGUGAGAAAGCAGCUGUCCAGCUGAGAUAAAGAAACAUCACCAGAAGUGACACUGGCUCCAUCAGUAUGAUAGGACAUAUACUCAGUGUAUUUUGUUUUCGUGUGAGGUUUUUAUACUUUUUUUCAGAAUUUUCAGAGUGGGGAUUGAAAUCGGCAUUCUAUUAUAUGCUACACCAGAACUUCUUCUUUCUUUCCCCCCACCCUAGGGUUCAGUUAUGAAAAUCAAGACAAUAACUGGAAAGAGUCUUAGGAAGUCACUUGCAAAAAUAAGCUACUGUCAGCAUCAAAAUACCACUGCCAUGCACCAGAGAGAACACAAAAUCCAUCAGUGCAGUUCUGAAAUGUGUAACAGACGCCAGACUGAAACUGGGAACUUCAGGCAUAGCAUGGAACCAGAGAAACUGGAGAUAAAAUGGGUUGGGUUAUAUCUUGUGACCAGGACCCUGGGGCAUAAUUCUUCUGAAUAGGAGAUCCACCAGAGCUUUUUCUAGGUUUAAAUAUUGUAAUUGAAGUGAUGAGACUUGUCUCUUUGACAGACAAUUCUAAAAUAUCACAGAUCUCAAUUUUACAAAAAAGUUAAAAAUAAAUCCUGAGUUCCAACUUGAAAGUAUUUUUUUCUAAAUUUCAUCACACUUCAGUUAUUUCCCUCAGAUAACCAUAAACUAAAGGCUUGCCUACACUACAAAAUUAAGUCAACUUAAGUGAAGUCAAUGUACAGCCAACACAGUAAUUAAAGUGGUGGGUUCACGUCCACACUAUGGCCCAUCUGUCGGUGGGACAUGCCCUGACUAGGAGUGGUUCCACCGACUGAGGUAGGGGAUUGUGGGACACUGACAGCUGCAGUUCAGCAGCCCUGGGGCUGACAGCCUCAACUGUCAGCCUCCCCUCCCCUCUCGCCCCCCGCUCCAGUGCUGACAGCACAACCUGUCAGCCAGGGGCCAGGCUCACAGCUGGAGCCCUCCCCCUGGUCCGGGUGCUGACAGCUCCAUCUAGUGCCUGGUGACAGCUCGGGCUGUCAGCACCAGGGUGGGGGGAGCUCCAGCUGUCAGCCCUACUCAGGGCUGACAGACAACAGGUGAUGUAAAUAACUCAGUGUCUACAUGGACACUGCGCUGCUCUAACGACACCGACCUUAGCACAACACCUCUAGUUGAGGUGGAGUUAUUGUUAUAAAAAAGUGCUUAUAUGCUAUUUUAUAUGAAUGUUCAAUAAGUUUGUUCUUAUAACUUAGCAUAAGUUACUAACUUAGAAUAAGUGAUUGAAGUAGUUGAAGCCUUAGGCCGAGGUCAGGCUGACCUGAGAGGAAUGCUGAAGAAGCAGCUACAAAACCAGUUGAGACUGCCUGUUAUCACUGAAGAUAAAAAAGAAUGCAAGGAGUAGGACUGACUGUCUCCCAGAGCAAAUCCAGCACCCGGCAACGGACUGUCCACUCAGCAACAGAACUGUCCAAUGGAAAAGAGCAGAGACACCUACUCAAAUUGGGGGAUUGGACUUUGGACAUGGGCGAGGGCGGUGUUACCAACUGUAAAGGGUAUAAUUGCUUGCAAUUUCUAUGGGGCAGGGUCCCUCUCCUGAGGCACCCAGCUCGAGCUGUAUUUCUGUUAACUAAUAAAAGACGCAUGUAUAGAUUAGACUCAGAAUUUAGAAGUUCGUGGGAUCCUAGAGUCGAAUCAAGCACCUAAAUUGGUGAGAGCAAGGGCUAAUUGUUUAUUCCCCUAACAGUUUGGCAACCGCGGCAGGACGCUAGGCGACCAUCGUCGGGGCCUCUCGCCUCCAAACAUCCACUUGGCGCCAAUGGGUGAGUUCACCUGGGAUUUUUGGCAGUGAGGGGCACCGAAGGGUGAGUCUUAAAUUCCCACAUUCUAAAUUCCAAAUUUAGGUUUCAGGUUGAAGUGCACUUGGAACGGGUGCGUGGCCUGAUCAGCUCCAGCUAGUGCCUGGUGACAGCUCGGUCUGUCAGCACCAGGGUGGGGGGAGCUCCAGUUGUCAGCCCUACUCAGGGUUGACAGGCAACAGGUGAUGUAAAUAACUCAGUGUCUACAUGGACACUGCGCUGCUCUAACGACACCGACCUAAGCACAACACCUCUAGUUGAGGUGGAGUUAUUAUGGUGGUGUAGCGGGCAACUUACUUCAGCAGAAGCAGCAUUCUAGUGUAGACACUGACAUAAUUAGGUUGACGUAAGCCACCUUGUGUCAACCUAACUCUGUAGUGUAAACUAGGCCUUUAUCCUAUUUCUCCUUGGUGAUUUUACUCAUCUGAUACUUGUACAAAGUUUCUUCUAUUUCAGACAGCCAGCUUGUUAUUGUAUAGAUAUAGUUAUACAUUAGCAACAAAAAGCCAUUCUUUACAAAGAAUAUAGAAAACCAUUACAAAUAUUGCUACAGGAAAUCAGAAUCAUAAACUGUGGCUGGAUUUCAAAAUGUCCUGGAUUAUUUCAUGCUCAUAAUAACCUUUGCAAUUUUACAAGUCGAAAUAAGGAUAAUAACUAGA